AUGGCCGACGAGGGGAAGCUACCGCCCGGCUGGAAGAAGUAUAUGAGCCGCAGCUCAGGCCGAGUGUACUACUUCAAUCACAUCACCAAUGCCAGCCAGUGGGAGCCGCCCAGCGGAGACAGCACUGCUGGAGGCAGCAGCAAGGAUGGCUCCGGUGAGCCUGCCAGGGUGCGCUGCUCGCACCUGCUGGUGAAGCACAGCCUAUCUCGGAGGCCCUCGUCCUGGCGCCAGGAAAAGAUCACCAGGAGCAAGGAGGAAGCCCUGGAGCUGAUCAAGGGCUACAUCCAGAAGAUUAAGUCAGGAGAAGAAGACUUUCAAUCUCUGGCCUCACAGUUCAGUGAUUGCAGCUCUGCCAAGGCCAGGGGAGACCUGGGUGUCUUCCACAGAGGUCAGAUGCAGAAACCCUUUGAGGAUGCAUCGUUUGCUCUACAGGCAGGGGAGAUGAGUGGGCCAGUGUUCACAGAGUCAGGCAUCCAUAUCAUCCUGCGCACAGAAUGA